AUGUCUCGGAGCGACCAUCCAACACCCAGCAUCCCCAAUGUCGAGCAACCCACAACCAUCGAGCGCAAUCCGUCGUGGCACUCCUUAACACCCAUAUCCAGAACCUCUCCGAGGCCAGCUUCUUUGGAUCCUUCGGGUAAGCCAGCCGUAAAGCAGAGGGACGGCGCUGUGAAGAACGUCUCGUUCAGAGGAGAGGAUUCUGAUUCAGAAGACGAUAUGGGGGACAGACGUUCGCCUUUCCACAGGCCGACUGAUCUCAGAUCGCAUCAGCCGCUGUUGCAUAAGGAUGAUGAGGAAAGGGGUAGAACAGGCUACCAUGCUUCCCCAGAACUCCCCGCACAUCCUCCCUCAUUCACGCGGAGGUCGACGAUGAGGAGUCGAAGUCCGGAUACGCAGGCGAAGCUGGCGACGAGGAAGAAAUAUACCUAUGCAGCGUUCUUCCUGCUGCUGAGUCUGGUCAGCUUCGUGGUCCAGACGGAAACAGCUGUAUACAUCCAGAGCGAGUUGGGGUGGAACAAGGCGUAUUGCAUGCUGUACCUCACCCACGGAUCAUGGUCAUUAUUAUGGCCUUUCCAACUCCUCAUCCUCCGACUACAAAAGCGGCAGAUGCCGUGGGAGGCCUUCUGGCGACGACACGUUUAUCUUGUCCGAACAACGGCCCAAAUGGUAGAAACACAAGAACUCUCCGUCCCUAGAGGCCAACACUCUCCUAUCCCAUACUUUCUUCGAAUGACAGCUUUCAUUACCAGCGCGCUCACUGUUGCUGGUGGUUCCUGGUAUGUGGCCGUCGACAUGACAACCCCAUCCGACCUCACAGCUAUUUACAACUGCUCGGCCUUCUUCGCCUAUGCUUUCAGCGUUCCAAUGCUGAAAGAGAAGCUCCGCUUCGAUAAAGCGUUUGCAGUGGUAGUGGCUAUUGUAGGCGUGUUGAUCGUCUCCUACGCACCCACCAAGAAAGAGGGUGAAAUUCCAGACCCGUCAGAGCCAAAGAAUGUCGUAGCCGGUAAUUUAAUCAUUGGCGUCGGCAGUGUGUUGUAUGGCUUUUACGAAGUGCUCUAUAAGAGAUUGGCCUGCCCUCCUGAAGGCACCUCCCCAGGUCGCGGCAUGAUCUUUGCCAACACGUUUGGUUCUUUGAUUGGCUUGUUUACUCUUCUGGUUCUUUGGUUCCCACUUCCCAUUCUUCAUGUUCUGGGGCUUGAGACCUUUGAGUUACCCAGAGGAGAAGCUGCUUGGAUGCUGCUUAUUUCGGUUCUCGCAAAUGCAACAUUCUCGGGUUCUUUCCUGGUUUUGAUCAGCCUCACGAGUCCUGUCCUCAGUAGUGUUGCCGCACUCUUGACGAUCUUCCUGGUGGCUAUCGUGGAUUGGCUAUGGAGAGGCAAAACAUUGACUCCCGCGGCUAUUGGCGGCGGUUUACUGAUUGUGGCGGCGUUUAUAUUGCUGAGUUACAGCACGUAUAGAGAGAUGAGCGAGGAAAGAAGGAAGAAACAGGUCGAUUUGAGUGAUAGUGAUGAGAGCGACAAGGAUGAUGAUUAG